UUAGCCCCUCAACACGACCCGGCCUGAAGCUCAACCUCACAACUAAACCUGAGCCGGAUUUAACCAGAACUUUCCUAUAGUUUAUUAGCGAAACAGCUGAAAAGGAACUAAAGCGUGAGAAAAUAUGACAUAACAAUCUGUUUUGGAGCAAUUCUUCUAAAAAUGUGGCUGAAAAUUGGAUCAGUUUUGGCGUUCUGCCUGUUUUUCAUGUGCGUCUCUCGGUGUGAUGCCGGCUGUGCGGAGGUGGACUCUAUGACGGAGGCGGUGGCGGGUCAGAGGUUUCUGUUGGGCUGUAUUUCCUGUAAGCAGAGGGAGGAGGUGGUGGCCGAGGCGUCGGUGGACUGGUACUUCACACCAUCUGGGCUUAAUGACUCCGUCCACAUCUUUAAUUAUGAGCAUCCGAUCUCCAUCAUCAUGGACAAGCAGUUUGAGGAGCGUCUGGAGUGGCAGGGGACGAAGAGAACGGCGGACAUUCAGAUCGGAGCCAUCUUCAUCCACAACGUCACGUUUAACGACUCGGGAACGUACGAGUGCGUGAUCCGGAGAACGCUGUUCCUCACGGUGGGGGAACACAAGGUGGAGAUCAGGAGGACGGUGGAGCUCAGCGUGGUGGCUGAAGCGAAUCGUGAGCUGACGGCGGUGAUCUCUGAGAUCAUGAUGUACGUACUGAUCGUGUUUCUGCAGCUGUGGAUGUUCGGGGUUCUGAUCUACUGCUAUAAGAAGAUCUACGCCGAGAACGAGGCGCGAGAGGCCCGGAAAGCCCUGCGCGAGAGGAACCAGCUGAUUGACCCGAAGGACGGGUGUGACGGGGUGCAUCUGGAGUGAGCUCUGCUGUCAUCAUUACUGUGAUAAUAGUGAUGAUAUAUAAUAGUGAGGGGUAAAUAUAUACAGUAUAUAUAUAUAUACAGCUCUGUAAAAAUGAAGAGAGCACUUCAGUUUCUGAAUCAGUUUCUCUGAUUUUGCUAUUUAUAGGUUUAUGUUUGAGUAAAAUGAACAUUGUUGUUUUAUUCUAUAAACUACAGACAACAUUUCUCCCAAAUUACAAAUAAAAAUAUUCUCAUUUAGAGCAUUUAUUUACAGAAAAUGAGAAAUGGUUCAUGAAAUAAGUUCAAUAAUCAAUAUUUGGUGGAAUAAUCCUGGUUGGUUUUUAAUCACAGUUUUUUUUUUCAUGCAUCUUGGCAUCAUGUCCUCCUCCACCAGUCUUACACACUGCUUUUGGAUAACUUUAUGCUGCUUUACUCCUGGUGCAAAAAUUCAAGCAGUUCAGUUUGGUGGUUUGAUGGUUUGUGAUCAUCCAUCUUCCUCUUGAUUAUAUUCCAGAGGCUUUUAAUUUGGGAAAAUCAAAGAAAAUCAUCAUUAUCAUUUUUUUCAGAGCUGUAUAAAGAACUCGGACUGUUAUGUUUAUGCAGCUCUUUAAACUUUUACUAUACUGAAUUAUUUUUGAGAAUACUUCUGUGAACAAUAUGUCAAAAACUAUUGAUGGCUUUGAUUUUGAUAAGACAUUAAAUCAGUGUUGUAAGUGUGUAACAUUUGUAACAUGUGUCUUGUAAUUAUAAAGUCAUUAUUGUAACAGUAAUGUAAAUGUACUGUGAAUGUAUUAGAGUAAUGUAACAGUAACAGUGUUAGAGCAGUACUGUAACAGUAUUUGUAAGAGUAAUACUAAGGUUUAGUAACAGUAAAGUAACAGUGAUGUUAAAGUUUUGUAAUUUUAUGUUUUGUAGAGAUUUCUGGCAGCAGUUAAUAUAAUCGUUAGAUAACCCAAACCCUCCCAGUCUGUGGUCAGAACAAGACGUUAUCCUAAAGUAGUUUUAUUACAUUUAUUGCAGUGUAUUGUUAAUUAUUGUUGCGAUUCAUUGCUCAUUCAUCACUGAUUUCGCAUGUAAAGCCAGUGUUGUGCCGAAUUCAGCACCCCCGCCGGGAAAAGCACCCCCUCUACCCACUGUCUUCCUGGCUUCCUGGCAGCCUCUCCCGAGAGAGGUGGUGCUUUUCCUGGCGGGGGUUCUGAAUUCAGCACCAUAGUAAAGCCACCAUAAUGCACCCCCGCCAUAAAAAGCACCCUCUCUCGAGAGCACAUACGCACAUACGUCUCCUCAAUAAAAGCAGAGAUAACUGCUUUAGCUAACGUUAAUUAGAAACGCGUUCUGAGAGGCUGUGCUUUUCAUGGCGGGGUGCAGAUUUUAGCAUGCUUUCAAAAUAAAAGUUUAUUUUUAAAGAACAUU